CGUUUGGUGCUAUUGGGACUUCUUUCUUUCGAGAAUGACAGUUCGUUGAACUUGUUUUUGUGCGCAUUUCGCAAAUGUUCUGAUUUUUUGUUUGGAGAGAGAAGAAUCGUCAUUUCCUCCAAUUGAACUCGUUUUAUUUUCUUCGUUAUCAAUUAUUUUACUAUCAAUGUGUUGCUAUUUAGUCUCAUGAGAAGAAGAAUACAAGAUGUCAAAGAUAUUCACACCCACCAACCAAAUUCGUUUGACGAAUGUAGCGAUAGUUAGGUUAAAAAAAGGUGGUAAACGGUUUGAAAUUGCAUGUUACAGGAACAAAGUAAUAUCGUGGAGAAAUAAAGUAGAGAAAGAUAUUGAUGAAGUUCUACAGACACACACCGUGUUUACUAAUGUUUCCAAAGGACAAGUGGCUAAGAAAGAGGACCUUGUAAAAGUGUUUGCCAAGGAAGACCUAACUGAAAUAUGUAAAGAAAUUUUAGAGAAAGGCGAACUACAAGUGUCAGACAAAGAGAGGCAUUCUCAAAUUGAAUCCUUGUUUAAAGAUAUUGCGACUACUGUAGCUGAUAAAUGCAUUAAUCCAGAAACUAAAAGACCAUAUCCUGUCUCAAUCAUAGAAAAAGCAAUGAAGGACAUUCAUUUUUCUGUAAAUGUUAAUAAGAAUGCUAAACAACAAGCUCUGGAUGUAAUUCAGCUGCUCAAGAAAGAAAUACCUCUUGAGAGAGCUCAAAUGCGAGUCAGGAUUCUUCUUACAGGCAAAGAUGCACGGAAGACUAAAGAAAAAGUUGUUAAAUUAACAACAAGUGUCGAAGAAGAAAGCUGGGAUUCUGGAAAUGCUAACAUAAUUUGCCUUAUUGAUCCAGGGAAUUUCAGAAAUUUGGAUGAAUUAAUAAGGACAGAAACUAAAGGCAGCGGCCAAUUUGAAUUGCUGAACUUAAAGGAAAUGGUUGAAGGAGAACAAGCACUGUAAUUUGAACUACUGACUGCUUAUUUUAUUACUAAGUGGAAUUAAAUUUGUUUUUAUUUGGUUGUGUAAUAAAAUUAUUACUGA